GUUAUUUACAUGGUUACUCUAUAGCACUUUUCAGUAUUGUCUGUUAUAUUGAAUGAAAUAUUUUUCAAACUUUUGACAGAUUUUGCUCUUUACUAGUAUCGGUUUCAGUCAAGUAAGUGAAUCAAGUGACUAAAGGGUCGACUAUGAAGAAUUUGCAUGUGGAAGAGACAACCGGACUCAUGAUUAAGAUAGUUAUAGGCCUGAAAGCCUGAAACUAGCAGACGUAAACGGAGCCCAUUAUAUAAUAUAACCAACAUUCUGGACACGGCUAUCCAAAUUGAAUAUUUUUUUUGGCACAAUAAUAUUAUUAUUUUUAUUUUUUCUUUUCAAUUCUAGUAUUUUUCUAGAAUCCAAGUUUGGUUUUUCGACCUGUAUUAAAAAAGUUUAUCUAGAAACGUCAAAUAUUGUUAAUACUCACUUCUCCAUGAACAAUCGCCCACCGUGGACUUCAAAACUACGGCUGUUUAGGAUAAAUUAAAUUUACCCUAACAACGGCCAUCAGGGUCCAAGAGCCUUGUGUUUUUCCAACUGUGCUAGAUAGAAUUAUUAAAUGUAUUUAGUGUUUCAGAUCCAAAUGAUUUGGACAUACUAGAGAAAUGUUUUUUAAUAAGAAAUAUAUAUGAAAAGUUUGAAAACAUUGAUAAUGAAAAGUUUUACAGAAUAAAGAAAUAGGAUCGUUUUAAAGAAGUACAAAGUGGUUGUAGCAAGUAUACAAUCGUUUAGACAACGAAAAUAGACAAAUUUAUUGGAUAGAUGAAAAUUUUCGUUUGUUUAUGUGAUUUCACUUAUUGUUCAAUUAUUUUAAGACAGACACUACCAACUUUUUGACACUACUGUUUAUUUACUAAUAAUAACUACUGUUUCUGUCAGCCUCCAUGAUCCAUAUGUAACUAGCAAAAGGUAUAAAAAGAUAUUCUGGUCAACUUAAACCAAUAUAGUGUUUGAGAAUUGAUCUGUUCUUUUUUUCUUCUAAUUUGGCCUCUCUUUACUAUCCAAGGAUAUGGAGUAACAUUUAUGCAUUUUCAUCUUCUUAUCCUUAUCCUUUUAGACACGAAUGGUCUAGCCGACAACAUUAGGAAAGACAGAUACUAUGGUCAAUCUUUAUUAUUAUUUCUUGACAUCAAUAAAAUGGUAAAUCUUCCUCAAAUCUUUCAGACAAUCCGCUCUCUCUUUGAUACAUACAUGUACCUAAAAAAUAUCCCCUAUUAUCUUGCUCUUACUUUAUAGCCUUCCAGACUCUCUUUCUGUACUUUAAUCAUUACAUCUCUCUUUCUUGCUCAGCCUUUCUCAAUAGUCUUCAAAGAGAUCCAAAUCACAAGAGAUCUUGAUUCUGUAAACUCAACUCUUGUUUCCAAGAUGCAUCAGUCUGGAGAGACCGUACGAUUCUUGAUUCACCUCUUUAAUGGAAGAUGGUUCAUGGUGUUUGCUUCGUUCCUCAUCAUGGCGUGCGCUGGAGCCACUUAUCUCUUCGGGACAUACUCCAAAGACAUCAAAUCCACACUUGGUUACGACCAGACAACGUUGAACCUGUUAGGUUUCUUUAAAGAUCUCGGAGCAAACGUAGGAGUCAUGUCCGGACUCAUAGCGGAAGUCACACCGACUUGGUUCGUUCUAACCGUCGGCUCCGCGAUGAACUUCGUCGGUUACUUCAUGAUCUGGCUCACCGUUACAGGGAAAGUAUCCAAACCGAAAGUCUGGCAGAUGUGUCUCUACAUUUGCAUCGGAGCCAACUCUCAGAACUUCGCAAACACGGGAGCUUUGGUUACUUGCGUCAAGAACUUCCCUGAGAGCAGAGGAGUCAUGCUCGGUUUGCUCAAGGGCUACGUUGGGUUAAGUGGAGCGAUCAUGACGCAGCUUUACUUUGCUAUUUACGGUAACGACUCCAAGUCUUUGAUUCUGUUGAUCGCUUGGCUACCCGCUGUGGUCUCCCUUGUGUUUGUGUAUUCCAUUAGAGAGAAGAAGGUCGUGAGGCAGAGGAACGAGCUGAAUGUGUUUUACAAUUUUCUAUAUCUCUCCAUCUUCUUGGCGUUGUUCCUAAUGGCUAUGAACAUCGCCGAGAAGCAAGUUCAUUUCACCAAAGCCGCUUACGCGGCGAGCGCUACGAUCUGUUGUGUUUUGCUAUUUGUGCCUCUAACGGUUGCGGUUAAGCAAGAGAUCGAAGUGUGGAACAUGAAGAAGUUGCCUCCCAGCGAGGUCAAAGUUGAGAACCUUUCUAGGAUGAGCGACCUCCCGGGAAGUCCCCUAGAAAAAAAGGUUGAGGCCCCAAAGAAAGAAAUUGAUCUUGUUCAUGAAGAGAAGGAGAUGAAAUCUUGUUUCUUGACGGUUUUUGAUCCGCCGCCAAGAGGGGAAGAUUACACAAUACUACAAGCAUUGUUAAGCCUCGACAUGAUCAUCCUAUUUAUGGCGACUUUCUGCGGUUUAGGGUCGAGCUUGACGGCUGUAGACAACCUAGGACAGAUAGGGGAGUCCCUCGGCUACCCGAACCAUACGGUUAGCUCAUUUGUGUCUCUAGUUAGCAUAUGGAACUACUUCGGCCGAGUCUUCUCCGGGUUCGUCUCUGAAUACUUGCUCGCCAAGUAUAAACUACCCCGACCGCUCAUGAUGACGUUCGUCCUUUUAUUGAGCUGCGCGGGACACCUUCUCAUCGCGUUCCCGGUGCCUGGCUCGGUAUACAUAGCGUCCAUUCUAAUGGGAUUCUCUUUCGGCGCGCAACUCCCUCUCCUCUUUGCCAUCAUCUCGGAGCUUUUUGGUCUCAAGUACUACUCUACAUUGUUUAACUGCGGGCAGCUCGCUAGCCCGCUCGGGUCUUACAUCUUGAACGUUCGCGUCACGGGCAUGCUUUACGAUAGAGAGGCCUUGAAGCAGCUAAAAGCGCGAGGGCUAACGAGAAAAGAUGUGAAAGACUUGACUUGCUUAGGAAGUCAAUGCUAUAAAUUGCCGUUUGUGAUUUUGGCUUCAGUGACCUUCUUUGGAGCGCUAGUGUCUUUGGGUCUAGCGAUAAGGACGAGAAAGUUUUACAAAGGUGAUAUUUACAAAAAGUUUAGGGAGACUCCUGGAUCUGAAUCUGUGUCUGUAUUGGUCUCUGAUCCAAGAAAGUCUUGAUGAGGAAACACAACAGCUUUGUUUAAUUUGUUUUCUAAUCAUUCUGUUGAAUUAUAGAUGGAUAUAUUUUUAUUAGUAGAGAGCUGUGUCGUUAUUCUAUACUUCAACGUGGUUUCGUUUUCUUUAGUCAAGCUUAAAUAGUGGAAGCCUUUUUGUCA